AUGGCGCCAUCUGGCUCAACUCCCUCUCCCCCGAGCCACCCCUCGCCGGUUCAUCCGCUCGCCGCGCUUACGCUCCAGCAACUCACCGCCGCGGGCCUCCCCCCACAGCGCGCCGAGCCGUUCCUCCGCGCCCUCACCGCCCUGCUCCACUCCUGCGCCGCAAACGGCCUCUCAAUUCCCGCCACGUGGCAGCAUGUGGCGCGUUCGCUGCUGCGACCCGACGUGCCGUUCCCCCUGCACGAGCUGCUCUACGCGUCCGCCUUCGCCACGUGGCCCGAGCGCGCGCUCGGACCGCCGCCAGUGUGGACGCCUGCGCGGGAGGAGGCGCGGCAAACAAAUCUAGGCCGCCUGCUGGACAGCAGCGAGGGCAGGAAGCUUCUCAGAAAGCCCCGACACGAGCGUGUGGACCUGGCGGGUGAUUUCGCGCUGUUGCAGCGACUCUCGUACGACCGACCAGAGCUCUAUUGGCCAAUCGUUCUCCGCCACCUGGGCAUCAUCUUCCACAAGCGCCCUCAGAAGAUCUUCUCCCUGCCCGAGGAUCCCAAGGAACACUUUCAGCUGCCCGGAGGACGCUGGUUGGUCGGGGCAGAGCUCAACAUUGCAGAGAGUUGCCUGGGCGGCGUUGGGAGCUGGGGGGGGAGAGGGAAUGGGGGGGCAGAGGGAGAGGGCAGAGGGAUGGGUGCGGGGAGGAACGGGCUGGCAGGUGCUGCAGGGAGGGAAGGAGGGGAGAGUGCGGGGGAAGCAAGGGGGGAGCGGGUGGCGGUGGUGUGGCGGGACGAGUGGGAGGAGGGGGCAGCAGUGCGGUGCAUGACCAUUGGCGAGCUGAGGCAGCGAGCAGUUGCCGUCGCCCAGUCCCUACAAGCACGCGGCAUCCGUCCAGGCGACCCUGUGGCACUGGCGCUGCCAAUGACGGUGCACUCACUGGCGGCCUACCUGGGCGUGCUGCUGGUUGGUGCAGCCGUGGUGUCCAUCGCUGACAGCUUCUCUGCUCGUGAGAUGGCUGCCCGCUUGAAGAUUGCAGGAGCCAAGGCCAUUGUCACUCAGGACUUCAUUCCGCGUGGUGGAAAGCUGCUGCCACUCUACAGCCGGGUGGUGGAGGCGGGUGCGCCGCCCGCCAUUGUGCUGCCAGCCACUGAGGGAGCGCCACGUGCCGCGCUGAGAGAGGGCGACGUGUGGUGGAGCAGCUUUCUGGCUGAGGGGCAGCGAGCAACAGAGAGCAGCACUAGCAGCAUGCCAGGUGUCAGCAUGCCAGUGGACGCCACCAUCAACAUUCUCUUCUCCUCUGGCACCACUGGCACCCCCAAGGCCAUCCCAUGGUCGGCGCUCUCGGCCAUCAAGGCGGCUGCAGACGCGUGGGCGCACCACGACCUCAGGGGCAUGCAGUGCGGCACACAAGGGCCAGAGGGGAGUGAGAGGGAGCAACAUGGCAGCGCGCAGGAGCGGCAGCAGCAUCAGCGGGAGGGAGGCGACGUGGUGUGCUGGCCCACGAGUCUGGGGUGGAUGAUGGGUCCCUGGCUGCUCUUCGCCGCUCUGCUCAACGGCGCCUCCAUCGCUCUCUACAACGGCUCGCCACUCACCCAAGGAUUUGCACGCUUCGUGCAGGAUGCACGUGUGACGGUGUUGGGGGUGGUGCCCAGCCUCGUGCGCUCCUGGAAGGCAUCUGGCUGCACCGACGGCUGUGAUUGGUCGCACAUACGCCUCUUCUCCUCUACGGGAGAGGCCUCCCUCCCCUCAGACUAUCUCUGGCUCAUGUCACGAGCACGCUACCAUGCACCCAUACUGGAGUACUGUGGGGGCACUGAGAUCGCUGGGGCCUUUCUCACCGGCUCCCUGCUGCAGCCCCAGGCGCUCUCCUGCUUCAGCACCCCCGCCAUGGGGUGUAGAGCGGUGCUGCUGGGUGCAGAGGGGGACGGGGGUGGGGGAGUGGAUGGGGGCAGUGGUGGGGGGGCGAGAGUGGUGGAUCCUGGGGAGUGGAGGAAGGGGAGUGGUAGUGGGGCGGGUGGAAUGGAGGGCGGUGAUUGGCUGAUGGGGGAGUGCGCGCUGAUGCCUCGCAUGCUGGGAGCUUCGUGGAAGCUUCUGAACGCGGAUCACUACAGGGUCUACUUUGAAGGCAUGCCGGAGUUUCACGGCCAGCUACUAGUCCUGCCUCCACUGCUCAUGCUUCUCUGGGCCACUGGACUUGGUGCCAGCAGUAUGCCCCCAUCACCCCAUACCCCAUCACCCCAUACCCCAUACCCCAUCACCCCAUACCCCAUCACCCCAUACCCCAUCGCCCCAUACCCCAUCACCCCAUACCCCAUCGCCCCAUACCCCAUCACCCCAUCACCCCAUACCCCAUCACCCCAUACCCCAUCACCCCAUACCCCAUACCCCAUCACCCCAUACCCCAUCACCCCAUACCCCAUCGCCCCAUACCCCAUCACCCCAUACCCCAUCGCCCCAUACAUCAUCACCCCAUGGCCACCACUCAUCCCCCCUGGUCCCUUCCAGCGGCUGCGGCGGCACGGGGACGCGGUGGAGUGGGGGGUGGGGGGCUACUGGCGCGCACACGGGCGCACUGAUGACACCAUGAACCUGGGUGGCGUCAAGGUGGUGGGUUGCAAGGUGGAGUUGUGGGGGGCAAGGUGGAGUUGUGGGGGGCAAGGUGGAGUUGUGGGGGGCAAGGUGGAGUUGUGGGGGGCAAGGUGGGGCUACUGGCGCACACACGGGCGCACUGACAACACCAUGAACCUGGGCGGUGUCAAGGUGGGAUCGGUGGAGGUGGAGCGGGUGUGCAACACGGCCCACCCUGCCGUGUCAGAGACUGCAGCCAUUGGCGUCGCGCCACGUGGUGGCGGGCCAGAGGAGCUGGUGGUGGUAGCGGUGAUGCGAGGAGGGGGAGGGAUGGGGGAGAAGGGAGAGAGGAGUGAAGGGAAGAACGGGCCGGAAGGGGGGGUGGUGUCGGAGGAUGAUCUGAGGAAGGUGUUUUCUGGUGCUCUCCAGGCCCACCUGAAUCCGCUCUUUAAGGUGGCAGCAGUGUGGGUGGUGCCAUCGCUCCCCCGCAAUGCAUCCAACAAGGUCAUGCGCCGCGUGUUGCGAGACCUCUUCACCCACCGCCAUCGCACCAUGCCUGACACCACACACCCCACUCGGGGUCUUGUUGGAAUCGCAGGCCGAGCUACCUCCCGCCUUUAA